UAUAAAAUUACUGUUUUUCCUGUUGCUGCAUGAUGCGUAUGUUGCUGAGGGUAACACAACAGCAUGGCACUGCUAAUCUUUGCCUCCUAAUCCUGCUAAGAUACAUGUGAUUUGUUGUUGCGUUCAUGUGCGACGAUUAGUUUAAAUUGAAAUGGAUAAAAACUGUGAUUUUUACAUAUCAUUUUUUUAGCAGUACUUGUGUAGUAUUUGUUUGUCGGAUUUAGUGCUAGAUUGGUUUUGCCUACGGUUACAUGAAUUGCGUAAUGUUGUGCUUUGUAUGCUUUUUUUUUUCUUUUUUUUUUUUAUGAUGUUUCAGUCGUAUCCUGCGGUGACGGAUUACCUCCGGUCGGGGCUGUUCCGGUGGGCCGGGGACGCGCACGCCUUCAAGGGGGAGUCGUACAUCGAGCUCGUCUGUUCCCCCAACAACCCCGACGGUUCGAUCAGGGAGGCCGUGCUGAGUUCUGAGGCCGGUAAGACGAUCCACGACUUGGCCUAUUACUGGCCUCAGUACACCCCCAUAACCGAUCGCGCCGACCACGAGAUCAUGCUCUUCACCGUCUCGAAGAGCACCGGCCAUGCUGGGACAAGAAUAGGGUGGGCUCUCGUAAAGGACCGAGAAGUUGCUCGAAAGAUGGUCAAAUUCAUCGAGCUCAACACUAUCGGGGUGUCCAAGGACUCGCAGCUGCGCGCAGCAAAGCUCCUGAAAGUAGUCUCUGACGGCUACGAGCUUGAGAGGGCCGACGAACACACGGAUAGGCUUUUCGACUUCGGGCGGAGGAUUAUGGCCGCCCGUUGGGAGAGGCUGCGCGAAGUCGUCAAGGCCUCGGGCAUUUUUAGCUUGCCCGAGUUCCCGGAUGGCUUCUGCGAGUUCACCAAAGAAAGAACCGGAAUCUAUCCCGCUUUCGCAUGGCUCAAAUCGGAGAAAGCCGAGAUUGAAGACCUGGAGAGCUAUCUCAGGAGCCAAAAGAUACUAACUCGGAGCGGCAAACACUUCGGGGCGGGAUCGAAUUACGUCCGAGUUAGUAUGCUGGAUAGGGACGAAACCUUCGAUCUCUUCCCUCGACCGGCUUAUCUCUCGCUACGUUGAAUCGCCAGCGGCG